AUGUAAAAAGUAAGAAAUCAUUAAGAUAGUAAUAAGUGCUAAGAACAUUUAGAAGAAGUGAUAUUUAUUAGAAAAACAUUAGCUAGUAAUAAGAGUAGAAAAUUAUGUCGAAAAUGCAUAAUCAAUUAAAACAAAAAUCUUGUACUUAUAGAAGAAGUUGAGAAAGGUUUAUAGAAAUUUAGUGAAUAAAUAGAAGAAAAAAGUGUAAAAAAUGGAGAUAUUUUAAAGAAUUUAAGAGUUAAUAUUAUCCAACUAGAAAAAACAUUUAUUACAAAAUUAAAUAUACUUAUUUAGUGCAUUGAUGAUUAUAUUAAAAAAAAUGAAACUACAAAAUUAGAAACACUUUAAAAAAUAAACUUUAGUAAUUUAGAUAAUUUCGAAGAAUAUAAUUAUUCAAAUUUGUUUGAUGAAAUUUAAAGAAAUCUUAUGAAUUAAUUAAAAGGGCUUUCAAAUUGUGAUUUUUUAUAAUAAAAUGAAAAACUAUUAGAAUAAAUGGAUUCCAAGGAUUACAGUUAUUAAUAAUUUUUAGAUUAAGAAAGUAUAAAAGAUAUUAAUGAAAAUAAUUUAACAAAAAUAAGAAAUGAUUGGGUUUGUGAAAAACAUCAAGCACAAUUAAUGAUCGUAGAUUUGAAUGAAUAAGAAGUUGUUCCUAAUAGAAUUGCAUGUUUAAAUUGUACUUCUGAUUAUUAAACAAAAUUCACUCAACUUAAUUAGUUUCAAUAAUUUUGGUUCAAGCUUAAAGAGGCAUUAUCAAAUAAAGUGUCUUCAUGUGAUGAAUAUGUAUUAACCCAAUUGAAUAAGGCUAUAUGUUAAAUAAAUAGAUUUUACGAAAAAUUUAUGAUUUGGAUGAAUGAAUCACUUAAAUCUUUAAAGGAUGUUGAAAUAUAUUCUGAAAAUGAUUAGGUUUUUUAUUAACUAAUUAAAAAAGGAUGGUUAGAUUUAACAAAAGGGGAUAUAAUUUUUGUAGCCAAUACAUUAAGUUAAUCAAAUAAUGAAGACCUAUUAAGUAGAGAUAUAUAAAAUAAAUUUUAAAACAAACUAUAAAAAUUAACUAAAGUCUUAAAAGAUUCUAUUAAAAAUAUCUAGUAGAUUUAAGAAUAGUUUACAAAUGAAACUAGUUAUAUUCUAAAGGUAGAGGCUUAAAAUAAUAAAUAAUAUUAGAGAAAUAUUGAAUAAUCAGAAUAAUUAUUUGAGAGAGACCUCUAGAAUAUUUCAUAGAAACAAGAACUAAAGCCAAUAUAAUAUGAGUUUAUUAAGGAUUAUUCAAUAAAUGAAUUAAAUGUAAAGUCUAUGAUAUUUAGUUUUGAUUCCUCGUUAUUUAUUGUAGGGUAUUCAGAUGGAAAAAUUAAGAUAUUUGAAUUUAAAUCUGAAAAAUUAUUUUAAAGAUAAGAAUUAGAUGAACACUAAGAUGAGGUCGAUUGUUUAGAAUCAAUGAAAAGAUCCAAUCGAUUUGUGUCUGGAAGUAAGGACAGAACUAUUAUUAUAUGGAAAAUUCUUGAAAUGGAAUAAAAAUAUGAUAUUGAAAUGAAAAUUAAUGAAAAUCUUGGUACAAUUCAUUGUUUAACCAUCGGUAUAGAUGAAAAUAUCAUAAUCUCAGGUUGUGGUAAGACUAUAAAAGUAUGGAAUAAGGAUAAGGAUUGGAGGUUAUAGUAAACAAUAUCAGAAAAUAUAGGUUAAGUUCCAAGUAUAAGUUUGAAUAAUUCAUAAGAUUUAUUGAUUGCCUCAAUUUAAAUUUGCAAAUCAAUUUAAAUAUAUCAAUAAAACUAGAAUAAAUUAUGGUAAGUCUAUUAAACAAUUAAGCAAGAGGAGUGGGCAUAUAAUUUAUUAUUUAUAACUAACUCCUUAUUUACAUUUCAAGUAUUUUAGUAAUACAUGAAAAUAUUCAUAUUUGAGUAACCAAAUGGAGAAUUUAAAUAAGUAAAUGAAAUAGGAACAAGAUCUUUAAAGUAGUAUCGUGUCUUUCCCCCAUAAAUUAUCAAAUCUUAAAGUUUAGCUAUAUAUAAAGUUGGAAAUUAUAUUUAUAUAAUCAGACAUAAUGGAUCAAUAUUUAGUACUGAAACUAAAAUACAAUUAAAAGAUAGUGAGAUAUAUAGUACAUUUAGUAAUGAUGGUGAAUACUUAAUAAUUUGGGAUUAAGAAACAAAAACUUUGUAAAUACGGAAAUUAGUAUAAUGA